GCGACAAGUUACCGAGCAGUGUCUUUGUGUCUCUACCACUUUACCUUACAUCAAGAAUCACACAAAAAAUGGCAAAUCCAGCAUCCGUUACUUUCCUCUCCCUCGCUGCAGGUGCCCUCGGUUACUGUCUCUAUUUCGAUUAUCAAAGAAGACAUAAUGUUGAAUUCAGAAAGUCAAUCUACCACAAGAAAAGACAAGCAGAAAAGGCUGCAAGAUUACAAAAUGAAGCAUCUAAAGUAGAAAAAACCAUCUUGCUCAAAAAGAAAUUAACCGAAUCUUUGAUUGCUCACCCUUUGACCACAGAAAACAAAGAACAAUCAUUCAUAGAAGAAGUUACUGCAGCUGAAAAGUUGGCUUCCCUUCCUGAUAGAGAAAUUGAUGCCGCAAUUCACUUCUACAGAGCAUUAUCUGUUUAUCCUGAACCAACCGCUAUUUUGGAAAUUUACCAAAAAUCUGUACCAGCAGAAAUCUACGAGUUAAUCAUGCUGUUAACUGCUAUUUACCCACCUGCAAACAUCACCUCUCUUUUGAGUGAAUCGAACGGUUCUAUUCUGGAAACUGAGUAAAUGGCCAGCCUAACUAUCUCUUGUUUUUAUGUUCUUUACCUUGUUUAUAAAAAGAUACGUUGCUUCUUUAUUUAUGUAUUUGUUAUAAUUAUGAAAUACGUUAGAUUUUAAAACGGCGCAAAGCAAUGC